AUGAAUCCGAAGGAGCUCUUCGAGCUCUUCCUCGGAAAGGAGCGUGGGGAGGCGAUUCAGGAUCUGGAGAUCUCCCAGCGGGCCAAGGGUCCGCUCACACAGGCGGAGGACGCCACGCUGCGGAAAUUCAGCACCGCCGCGGACGUGGCCUACGCCGCGGCCUCUACGCUCUUCACUCUUCCUAUCUGUUUUACCAUAAAUCAAGCACAUAAAUUGGUUGCUCUUCCACCUCCGCAUAGAUUACUGAUGUUGGGAUACUCUGCUGGUGGUGCUUGCGUGAUCGGGAAGUUGGCAUAUUAUCAGUGCCUUUAUGGAUGUGCUAUAGAUAUUUUGAAAAAUGGUGAAGAACGCAUGAAGAUGGAGCUAGCUAACAUGUGUGGAUCAUUAACUAAUGGCGCUUUAUUUACUUUCAUUGCCAGACAAAGAUACUUUAUAUUAAUAAUUUGUUUCAUUUACAAAAUACUUACUAAGCAUAGCAAUGAAAAAAAACUUGUUAAAGCUGUUAAAAAGCACUUCAUAGCUGAGCAUCUGUUCAGUGAUCACCAUCAAGAUGGUCCACUUUUCAGCUGGCGCCAACGCCAUUCAUAUGUGGACAACAGUUUUGUGGAAAGGGAGAAGGAGACUGAAGCAAAUAACUCUACCGGGGCCAGAUCAAUUUCUGGACAGACAAUUGUAGACACUAUUGAAAAGGAUCCAUUGGCUUGUAUUGGCUCUCCAGACAUCAACAAGCUGUCGGUGGACAAAAGCACCAUUCUGACGAGACAACAGCUGCAAGCCCACAGAAGUUAA